GAUAAAUAUUUAAGCUAUCAAAGAAUUAUAGUAAAUGAUGCUAGAAAAGGUAAUCAACAUGAAAAUAUGAAGACUGAAGAGUUGAAUAUUCCAAAGCUUAAUAAUAAUGACUUUAAAGAAG